UCUGUCAUGUCAUCAGUUAAUGGGUGCGAGGAUAAAGAAAAGGGGAUGUUACCGACACCAAAGAGAUAGCAACCACUCCAGAUUCAACUGUGCAUACAAGUGGUAUUUAUCUCUCUCACUCUCGCCACCUUCCCCUUGCCUCAGCUCUGUCAUGCCUCGCUCAUUCCUGGUCAAGAGUAAGAGACCAGGGUCUCAUCCCCCUUGCUUCUCUAAAGGCACCAGACACACAAACCCUGACCAGCCACAACCUCAUACAAAUCAUCACGACAGGCAGAACAGGGCGUGGCGGGAAGUAAGGUGCCCACAUCGGAGCCCCUUCCAGGAGGACCAGGGCAACCUGUGCUCAGGGUCAGAGGUCAAGGACACCCUGGAAUACCCCUGCCCUAGCUGGGAUGCCAUGGCAACCAGACCACACAGCACCUCGCCAGCUGACCUCUGGACCAGCUGGUCUGCAGAAACCGGAGGGUACGAUGGUGUGGAGCCUUCCGAGUCUGCCCUGCCCUGGUUCCUACACUGGCCCCGGGGCCCUGACAGAGAAAGGGAGCUGGAAAAACUGGUCCAUGUCUUACUGAGCCACAGACCACAUAUGGACCUCAACUCCACCAGCCCAUGCCCCCUAUGUGAAAAGGUCUUGUCCUCAGGAGCUGUACUGAAGACUAAUUUACUCAGGUCACGUACAUGCGUGCAUGCAGUCCCAUUGGCCACGUCAGCCAAAGCCCCAGAGCACCCCUACGAGUUCAAACAAGCCCUGGGCACGUACGGAAGACCAAAGGAGCGUAGCUAUAGCUGUAAGGAGUGUGGGAAGGUAUUCAAGCGCUCCUCCACCCUGUCCACCCACCUGCUCAUCCACUCUGACACCAGGCCCUACCCCUGCCAGUACUGUGGCAAGAGGUUCCACCAGAAGUCAGACAUGAAGAAACACACCUUCAUACACACAGGUGAGAAGCCCCAUGUGUGCCAGGUGUGUGGCAAGGCCUUCAGCCAGAGCUCCAACCUCAUUACCCACAGCCGUAAACACAGCAGCUACUGGCCCUUCAGCUGCACGCACUGCCAAAGCAGAUUCCAGCGCAGACUGGACCUACAGCGCCACCAGGAGACACAAUGUUUUCAUAGCAGCGUGUACACACAGAGUUGAGGCCAUGGGUAUAAUGGAGAUUUGUAUUACACAAGUACUGUAUGUAGCACAAGAAUGAGUGCUUUGUAUAGAGAUUGUUGACCGGUAUUUGUAGUUCCGUUUUUAUAUGGUACUUUGAUCAGUGACUGAGGCUAAGCACAUUACUUGUUCAAGUUAUUUGGGCAUUUGUUUUUGUGGAUUUGCUUUCGCUCACAGAUUUUCAGGUUGACCGUUUGGAUAGUGCCCUAGGGGACCUGAUCACCUUAACAUCUCUAGCAAUGUCAUAUAUAUUGUGCGAGCUGGAUUCCGUCCAUAGCGCAGAAGCUCAGCGUUGUAGCCGGUUGAAAUGUAAAGGUCAUUUUCGAUUGAGCCAACAUAUGCAACAUUUACCACGAAUGCUGUCUCCGCCAACACGGAAACAUUGCCUUUAAAUGUCAGUCACGCUUUAACGCUACGGAUUGAAUCCAGCCCUUUAGGCUCUGGUCUCUACUAUGCUGUAUGUCUAAAAGGACAGGUGGUUUGAAGAGUGACAAAACAAGCCCUAUUUCCCACUGUAAUUGGCCAUUUUCCUCAGAGCCAUUGCAAUUGUAGCUCCCAUUGUUGGUGUAUGAAUGAAGCUGCCAUUUUCACUUCACUGUGGCAGCCCACCCAAGGGCAUAAUAAUAUACAAUCAGGCCAUGUGGAACAUGUGAGAAAUAAUGUCUGACUGCAGUACGAGCAGAGAGAGACAAUGAUUAUGUUGAAAUGAUGCUCCACAACUAUGGUGACACAACGUGACUGUAUAUUUUCAGUGUCACAGCCUGGUCAGCAUGAGUAUAUAUUAAAAAGGGAUUUAGAUAAA